GUUGUCUGCCUGUCUGUCUGUGGCAUGAAUGUCUCUUCUAAAAAAAUCUUUUAUAAGGACAAUGCGUCUCAGUGCUCCCCUUGAGCCUCCAACCUGUCAAUCACCAAGACCGUGAAAGCCGUGGGGAUAGAAAAUUACAUAUAUCAAGAGAAGCAGAAAGGAAAGUUUAGGUAUGUUAAAAUAGUCCACCAGAUUCAGAAACUCAGAGGCUAUCUCUACUCUAUCCAAAACUGGCUGAUUCUUCCAUGAUUGUGUGAAAAGAAGUGGGAUCCAGACCAAAAGCCUCCCUACAAUGCUGAGGAAGGAAUCGCGCUCACCCGCCACUUGUGAAAAACGAAAACUACAACUCCCAUGAGGAAGUGGGGCCGCGGAAUCCCCCAACUCCCAGCAUCCUCCCCUACGGAGACCCAAGACCGUCAGGUUAGUAGGUGGAGUGAGACUGUUAAUGUCUGCGGAAGCUGUAGAGCAGCGCUCCUUAGGGAUAGCACCAGCGGAGGAGGAAUCUGCGGCCCUGAGAGAACAAGAUGUAGCGCACGGCCUGGAGAACUUUCCCGUGAGAGUAUGGCCUCUGGGGGCGGGGCCCAGGCCUAAGCCUUUCCAGUAUACUCCCGAUCAUGUCGCUGGGCCUGGAGCAAACAUCGACCCCACACAGAUAACCUUUCCUGGGUGUGCUUGCUCCGACACUCCAUGUCUCCCUGGCACUUGCUCCUGUCUCCGCCACGAGAAUAACUAUGAGGACAGUCUGUGCCUCAGCAACAUAGGAUUGGAAGGAAAGUAUGCCAAGCCCGUUUUUGAGUGCAACGUCCUCUGCCAGUGUGGUGAGCGCUGCAGAAACAGGGUGGUCCAGCGUGGUCUGCAGUUCCGUCUCCAGGUGUUCCGAACAGACAAAAAGGGCUGGGGACUUCGGACCUUGGAAUCUAUACCCAAGGGAAGAUUCGUCUGUGAGUAUGCUGGGGAGAUUUUAGGAUUCUCUGAAGUCCAGAGAAGAAUUCACCUACAAACAGCACAUGACCCAAAUUACAUCAUCGCCAUCAGAGAGCAUAUUUAUAAUGGGCAGGUCAUGGAAACUUUUGUCGACCCUACCUACAUAGGAAAUAUUGGAAGAUUCCUGAAUCAUUCUUGUGAGCCAAACCUGUUGAUGAUUCCUGUCCGAAUUGACUCAAUGGUACCUAAGCUGGCACUUUUUGCAGCCAAAGCUAUUUUGCCAGGAGAAGAACUCUCUUAUGACUAUUCAGGAAGAUUCCUUAACCACAUAAGCAGUGAAGACAAAGAAAGGAUAGAUCCUGAACAACUAAGAAAACCUUGUUACUGUGGCGCCUCAUCAUGUGCCACCUUCCUGCCCUAUGACAGUUCACUAUACUGCCCCUAGAAAAACCAGACACCAGUUAGGAAGGGAGGUCCUACCUACCAGCCUCUCUGGGGACAGAACCAGAGGAAGUCAAGCAUUAAGUGCUUCAACUGCAUCCUGCUUCCUCUCUGGUGAACAGCCUACCCCCAAGGGAAGGUUACCUUGUAGUCAGUGUCUUGCUCAUCCCAGUAAGAAAGACCAGGGGUUGCCCAGCCCUGCCCCUGCCAGGCUGCCUAAAUGCAGUUCAAGACUGUGGCCCAGACUAUAAAACGUCCAGCUGUACCCAUUCUCCAGAAUACUUACCUUUAUAGAUGACUCCUUGGGUGUCAUUUCUUCUUGGAAACCAGAAUUUAGACUUGAUUAUUGAAAUUGGAGUAGCCAUCCAGAAUCCAAGUUGACCCUGGGAAAGGGUCACACUGAGCAAAUCAACAAGAGAUCUGGAAGUAUAGAAAAUGCUGCUUGUCCUGAUCUGUUGCCUCUGGAAUUGUAUAUGAGAAGCCUACAAUACUAAAGCCACUGUUGCCUUGCAUUUGAGCAAAGCUUAUGAUUCAAGACCUCAGCCUUGC